CAAAAUUUUAAAAUGAGAACCCUAGGCAUUGUGCGGGACAUGCUUGAGCAGUGAGCGGGGAGGGAUCGAACUACCCCGCAGGCCCAACAACAUAUGUUGAUCACCGCAGGAUAAGUGGAUCCCAACGAAGGGUGUUCUUCCUGCCCCGUGCCUUCCUUGGAGCAGUUGAAGGAGCGCGCGGGGGAAGAAGUAACAUGGGAGGAGGCGGGGUGUGUUGUCCCGUAGGCUCUGGUGGGGGGUAAAAAUUCACUGCGGGCUAAGCAGAACAGUGGGUGGGAGACAUGACUUGCUUAUCCCGCGCGGAGUCGAGGCGAAUCAAAACUCAUGUGGGACAAGGGCCGACAGGGAAUGCCUUGUGGUGUGCUCAUUCCGCACACCCAAAGAUGUCUCCCAAACACAGCACGAGGAAACAAAGGUGUUAUCCCGCAGGGGUAGUGAGCUCCACAAAAUCUUGUGCGGGAUAAAAUUAUAGUGGACUAAAGCGAACCAAGUAUAGAGCGCGGGAGAAUGAAAAUUAGGGCACAACGAGUUUGUUCUGGAUCAAGCUCUAAUGUUUCUCAAAACAAGUAACAAAGCAUAUUGACAAUGCAGAAUGAGGAAGAUGAGCCUAGAACAGUGGAGCAACACCCAUCAAAGCAAAAUCUGAUAGCAUAAUGAAGCUUCUCGCGUUUGAUGUCGCACGCAGGGAGUUCAAAUUUUUUAUAUCUCUCACAAGGGGCAUAACAAAGGGUGAAUGGAGAAGUGGCAAAGGCAGAACGCUGAAGGAAGCACAAUGCACGCAUAUGACAUUCUCUUGACGAUGCUAGUGCUAAAGUGAACUAUUUUGUUCCACCAGGCGAUGGAUUAAUCUAUGCUUUGAGAGUGUUCUAGCAGAAUACGCACCAAAUGGACAUGAUCCAGGUCAAUAAUAUUUCAAGAUACAGUGCGGUAUGGGCACAAAUGUAAGGUGCGAUGGCAUAUAACAUGUGAAUGGCUUGAGCAAAAUGUCGCAGAGUAAGUGUGAUCUCAUGACUGCAUAGACUAUUGGGUAUGCACAAAAUAGUUUUGUAUGAAUGCAGACUAAGCGAAUGGCACAAUGGCAAAGCACAGGGCGUGAACUGUUUGCCAGUGAUGCCUCACAGUCUACACAGUGCACAUUUGUUGAAAGGGGUUUGUGUUGGCUCGAAGAUGAGAGUUGGUUUGGAUCGAAGUUAUAGAAUGAAAAUUCUUCCUUGUGCCAGAUUAACGCCCCAUACCCUUUUUGGUCAUAGGUUUUAAAAAUGCAGAAAUUUCAUUGUUAAAAUGACGCUGAAAGGUGAAGUGUGCAUCAAAUGUAAAUUGUAAGAUGCGAUGUUUUUGAAUGUGCAACAAAAGUCUCCACAUUCUUCAUGUUCCUCUGUGGGGUGGUGCAGUGAUUGUUGGAUGUACGCAUAGUGGAUAAUGCAUUCGAAGCUGCCAGUUUAUGAAGCAAGAUGCCAAGACAAACCUGUGUAUUAUUCCAGAGGCAGAAUUUGGAGAUUUCUCGUGAUGCAAAACUAAACGAGCAUUGAGUGUGUUUUUUUCCCUCGUCACGCACUCGUCUCCCUCUUCUCUGCUCCCACGGCGGCAUCAGCAUUCAGUUUCCAAUGGCGGGAAGGAUCCGUGCCUUCUCAUACUUCAUUACCAAGAAUCAAUGGGAGAGGCCAGUGUGUGAAGGUAGGGGCAAUCGAGUUGCAGGACUGGACCAGGGAUUAUAUUUUUGUACGAAGAGUAAUUUCAAAUAAGUUUUCUGGAAUGGUAAUCUUUUCUUGAUUCGUUUUGAUGCAUGGAGCAGAUAGAGACAUAAUAUGGCUGCAACGUGAUUUUGGCAUUUAUAUUUGCAAUCUAUUUGACAUGGGCCAGGUGCUUGCAACAUCAACCAAAAAAAGUGAUGAUAAUGGUUCUCUAGAAUCAGAAAAAACUCAUAAUAACGAUUCCUUUGGAGAAGAUGAUGAAGGUAUGAUUGUGAACUCUAAAAAAGUAGAAGGUUCAGAAUUCAUUUCCAGUUGUUUACACAAAGUUGAUAAAGGUGAUCAACUCCCACGAUACAGGGCUCGAGUAUUUGCUGCAAAGGUAAUCUUAAUAUUUUUAUCUGGGCCAUCCUUUCUUUACCCUUCGCCAGUUGAGCCGGUUAGCAGAGAGAGAGAAAGCAGAGUGAGAACAAGUUGUCUUAUUGGAAGGAAGGGCCAAAGGGACGAGGGACAAGUUGUCUUUCUCUUGGCUGGAAGGGACAAGCUCCUGCCCUUCGUCUUCAGAUGUUUGAGUCGGCUACCUAAUGCAGUUGGAAAGGAACAAACUCACUUUGACAUAUUACAAGCACGAAAAGGCAAAAUGAUUCAUGGUGUGCAAACUCUUGGUGAUUGGUACUCAGGGGCAACGAGGAAGACAACCAAAUGCAGGAUGGGCGAAAGACUACAAAUGAUAGAAGGCAUUACAUAGAGGACUCAUCAUUCAGGCAAUGUCGAGUCACCUUUCCUUAUCUACAUUUAAUUUUAUGUUUUGAAUCUGCAAAUAUAUAGUUUUUCCUUUCCUUUGCACCAUAUCAGUUAGUCUCAUGGCUUGUGUGAGACAUUGUACAUUCAUCAAUAAAAGAUUACUUUCUCAAAAAAUUGUGUUCACUCUAUUUCAUAUGCAUCUGAAUAAUGAAACAUGAUAUUGUAAUCUUUUUUAUUUAUUUAUUUUAUUUAUUUAUUUA